AUGGCGACCAAUCAUUUGUCAAAGAUUACGAAAAAUCGUUCAGCCGUGGAUCAUCUAAGCGAAACAGGCGGAACCGUGGUCAACAAGACCCGGAAAUCCCGACGUAGGAGAGCCAGGAACUCUACUACUGAGACCAAAAAAAAAACAUUGGCCACUUCUAUGGAUUAUCGCAAAGAAGCCCAAAAGAAUCUUAGCCAAAUAUCCUGUUCCUCGGCACCAUUACCUAGUUCAUCUUUGACAACCCUUCAAUGUUUAACUCCAACUCCACUUCGUACUAGAUCACUUCUAACAACCCAUACAUAUCAUGUUCAGCCCGAAGAAACUAAUUUUCAUAGAUACACUGAAUUCAGCAAGUACUUAGAGACUCCUCCUUCUGAACAAUGGGGAAGCUUAGUUGGAAAUGGAUUUUCAACUGGUCUUAAUUCAUUAUGGAGGCAACCAAGAAAUACAAAACAAAUCGUACCACCGCAAUAUUAUACUGCAGAGGAUGCUUGCAUUUUCACAGACAACUGGAGACAUGAAACAGAAACUGGCAUUGGUGGAGCAAUGACAACACCACAUGGAACGAUUUCACUUAGAUUACACAGCAAAAUAAGGGUUGACAUGACUAUUGAUCGUGCUGUGAGAGUAAUCAAUUUCAAAAACAAUAUUGUACUUUCAUUAAGUGAUUCUGGUUUUGCUUCGGCAUUACUUCAUCCCAAUGGCAGAAUGUAUCAACAUGGAUCUCGUGUAGAAAUCUUGGCUCAUGAUGUUCAUGGAAACAACAAGUAUGCUAAAAUGUGGUACAAGGGUGUUAGUUUUACUUCAGAGCAGUGUGCUCUUGUUUAUUUAGUUGAUGCUGCUGGAACUAGAACUACAACAGAUUCAUUUUCAGAUAUGAGUCAGGAUUUUUCAGUUAAAGUUUUUUAUGAUCAAUCAAAACAUGGGCCGGCCUGUAUUCAAGAAGCAGCAGGGGCUUUGUCUGCUGGUCAAUACUGGUUAACUGAUGAAGGUGUAGAAAAUUGGAUUAUCAAUAAUGUUCGGAUUUCACAGACUCCAGAUGGACUUGUUAGGAUUGCUCGGAAUAGUAACAAGUAUCAAUUACGAACAUCUCCAAGUAAUGGAACAGCAUCAUUGACAACGCCAUUUUUACAUUGUACAGCAUCGUUAGGCCAAACUUCUCAUUUAUUUGUGAAAAGAGGUGAACGACGGAUGCAUUAUGAUUGUACCAGUUUUAUAGUGAGAAAUGCCGGUCAUAGUGCGGGUUUUGAUAAUAAUCAGCUAAAAGUUUUUUAAAUGAGAAAAGGUUUAUGCCUUACUAUAAUUUUUUUUGUAGAAUGUCAGU